AUGACUACGACAUUCGAACAUCUUUCCGAUGAAAUUAUUAUUUCAAUUAUCGAAUAUUUGACCUUGGAAGAAUUUACCUCGAUAUUCGGAACAUUGAACGAACGUUUCUCAUGUAUUAUUUAUAACCACCCAUGGACACAACAUCGGCUCACUAUUCGAAAGAUGAACAAAGACGCGCUCCAAGCCAAAUUGACGUUCAUUGAAGAAAUGAAAUUAGUCUCCCGAAUAUCUUCGAUUGAUAUUUGUCCAUAUAGUAUUUUUCGAAGUAUCGAAGACUUUUGUCAAAUUCAAUCAAUGAAAAAUUUUCGCAUGUUAAGAGCCCUAUCGUUAACUCACAUCACAUUAGGUGAAGUUGAAGCAAUUUUUACCCCAGAAUGUCUCACUAACCUUGAUAAGCUUACUCGUGUUCGUUUGAUAUUUUCACUCGGAAUCGAACAAAACGAUUAUUGCCGUCGAAUGGAACAAAUACUUGCAAGAAUUCUCACCCACCCAUCUCUUCGAUACUUUACACUCAACAUCGCCCGAUCACCAGACUUCUCUGAACUUAACUCACUAUCAUCACUCGAAUACUUCGAGAUCGAUUAUUGUAGGUUUCAAAGUUUGUACAAACUGCUCGAAUUCUCCCCGAAUCUUCGACAUCUAUCUGCGAGAAUCGGCAUUCAUAAUGACAUCAAUGUCGAACUGAAUCCAACGGUCUCCAUGUUGACAUCUCUCAAAUUGACAUUGAGUAUUCCAGCUUACGAUCAAAUGACGACUUUCCUUAAAAAGUUUCCAAAGCUACAGAAACUUCACGUUCUGACAUACUCAUUGAUCGAGCCAUUAACGUUCACCGAGACUUGGCAUUCAUUCAUCACCGAUCACCUUCCUGUUUUAACAAGGUUCAAACGGGAAUGUAAAGUCACACUAGAUAGCAUUGGUCAGUUCGUUGAAUUCUUCCACUGGCCAAACGGAUGGAUUUCAAAAGAUAAAAUUGUCUUCGAAGGGUCAAAUUAUUCCAAAAUAACAAUCGUUAAUGUUCGAUAUUAA